CUCCGCCGCUCUCUCUAGCAGGCGGGGCGGCGAAGCGGGGCGGGGCGUCUCGGGCGAGGAGAGGAGGUGACCCCGCGAAAGAUAAUAAAUCAUCAUUGAUCAAGAUGUCUUCAGCACCUGAGCCUCCAACAUUCAAAAAGGAACCACUCAAAGAGAAAGAGUUUCAAAGCCCAGGGCUCAGAGGGGUGCGCACAACAACCUUAUUUCGUGCUGUGAAUCCAGAGCUCUUCAUUAAACCUAACAAACCUGUAAUGGCUUUCGGAUUGGUAACUCUUUCACUUUGCGUGGCAUAUAUUGGUUAUCUACAUGCAACACAAGAGAAUAAAAAGGACCUCUAUGAAGCUAUUGAUAGUGAGGGGCACAGUUAUAUGAGGCGGAAAACAUCCAAAUGGGAUUAGUAGUGCUGGUUAGUGCAGAUGGACCUUUAUUAAAGGUUCUGAAAUCUUCAAAUGAAAGACCUUGUGAGUGUACAGUAUCGUGUUUCUUGUUCUAGAACAUGCUAAUGAAGAGAGAAGAUAGCAGUUGCAACCAGACAACUGUCGUAAAUUUUGUCCUUUCACAGCUGCAGCCAUUAUCUCAUUCUUUUUCCACAGAGUGAGCGUCAUAAUAUUUUUCUUUCCUUACCUCUUAUAAAAGUGCCAUGAGAAUGGAAGUUGUUUUUGUUAAUUAUUAAAUUCUGUAUAAUAAAAGUACCCAUGCUGUUAAAUUUGCAUGAUGUUUUAAAUAUUUUAAGAUGAAUUAUGCCGGUGCAGCUGUCGUGAAAGUUUACUUCUGUUUUGCUACUUGCAAAGGAAAUGUUCAUGUUCUCCCUGGCAUAGAACCUGUAUUUUUAAAGAAAGAUAAAUAGAAAUUUUAAGGCCUGAAGUCAAUAUUAAAAAUAUGAGAUAUGAGAAA